UGUCACGAGCAGAGAAAACUUUGUGGAGCUGUGUGGCAGGAAAAGCCUUUUUUUGAAAUUCGGCCACGCAGUGUGUGGUAAAAAGGUGUCCAGGGCAGGUGGCCAGUGAAAAGUAGUCUAAUCCUCGCUUUUUAGGACGAUUUACAAAAUAUGAGUGCGUUGUUGUGCUUGCGCCUUUUAUUUCAUAGUAUUUCGGUGUGCCUUCUUGAUUUCAAUGACGGGAACGAAAAACAAUAAGUUUCACUUCCAGGCUCACACAUUUCGGUGCAGAUAGAGGGAAAGCGCACCUGCAUCCGAACGAACGAAGAUCCUUUGCGUAACUCGGCGCACCCAUCAUUCGCGAUUCAGGCGAGAUUUUUGUGAACCGUCCGAAACGCACGCAAAAUAAACAAGCCUACACAGUACAGUACAACGCAGCAAGAGAAACCGUAAAAAUGGCUGCACCGAGCAUAGAGCUGGAAAACUUGCGGGCCGAAAUCGAGCGUUUAACGCGAGAACUCGAUCAGGUCAGCAGUGAAAAUGUCCAAUCGGCUAAGUACGGCCUCGUAUUGUUAGAGGAAAAACAGAAUCUGCAGGCCAAAUGCGACGAGCUAGAAUCGUUGUACGAUCACACCAAGCAUGAGCUAGAUAUAACACAAGAGGCAUUACAAAAGUUUCAAAAAACCCAACAAGUCACCACAAAGUCAGGCAUCGAACAGGAGGAUGCGCUUCUCAACGAGUCAGCGGCAAUGGAAAUUUCCCUCAACCAGCAUAUCCUCGAGCUCGAAAGUGAAACUAAGCAAUUGCGCCACGAGCUAGAUAGAGUGACCAACGAGCGAGACCGUAUGUUACAGGAAAAUGCUGAAAUUGGUCGCGACAAGUCUGGAACCGAGGCUGAACGGGCUCGACUGAAGGCAGAACUGAAAGACAUGAAGUACCGUGAGGCGCGCAUGUUGGCUGAUUACUCAGAGCUAGAGGAAGAAAAUAUUUCCCUCCAAAAACAAGUCUCUAGCUUGCGAAGCUCACAAGUGGAAUUCGAAGGCGCCAAACAUGAAAUACGAAGACUUUCGGAAGAAAUCGAACUACUAAAUUCACAGGUAGAAGAGCUUGCCAGUCUUAAGAAAAUAGCCGAAAAACAAAUGGAGGAUGCUUUGACAGCACUGCAGGUUGAGCGCGAGAAUAAAUAUGCAUUGAAGAAGGAACUCGAUACACAUAUCAACCGUGAAUCAAUGUACAAUAUUAGCAAUCUGGCAUAUAGUAUACGUGGAAUGGAAGAAAGUGCACUGAACAGCAGCGAUUGUGAGGAAGAAAUACCAGCGCUAAGGGAUUCCACCUUGAAACGAUUAGAAGCAUCUUUGGAGGCUGAAAGUGCAGAACUUAAAUCACCGGAUGGAACCAAAGUUGAUCUCUUCUCAGAAAUUCAUCUUAAUGAGCUAAAGAAAUUAGAAAAGCAACUGGAAACAAUGGAAAAUGAAAAGCUGUGCUUGACUGCUAACCUGCGCGAUGCACAGCAAAAUCUGGAUAGAAGUCAGAACGAUGUUCAGAACUUUAUGUCCAAACUAUUGGUGAUGGCGGCACAUGUCGACGCUCUUCACAAUCUCAAGAAGCAAAUUCAAAUCGAAGAAAACAUUACAGCAGUUGUUGACAACAAAGACAAGAAAGCAACGGAAAAGCUGAAUGAAGCAAUCUUGCAGUAUUCCAACUGGUUUACUCUAAGCUCUAAAGAAAUUGACACGCUUAGAGCUGACUUGGUAGAACUGCAAAAGGGAUUAAAUUGUUCCGAUGCGAUGACCGUAUUACGCAAUGAAAUUACGAAUCUAAAGAACAAGCUUUUAUCAGUGGAACAGAAAUCCCUUGAUCUACACAGUGAUAUUCAGGUACUAACGUCUCUUUCUCAAACUGCUGGUCAAAGUUUGAAUACAACUCGAAGCAAUCUGAUUGCUUUGAGCGAUGAUUUGGCACAACUGUACCAUUUAGUGUGCACGGUCAACGGCGAAACUCCAAAUAGAGUGUUACUUGACCAUAAGAAUGAUGAUUUAAGGUUCGUUAAGUUAAAAGAUGACGAGAGACUUUUAUCUUAUUUAAAAUAUAUGUUUUACAAAUUUAGCUUCGAAAACGAUUCUCUUACCGCGAUACAAUCACAACUUAAAUCGGACAUUCUCAUCUCUAAACCACACGUAUUUGAGGAUCUACAAGCGCUAAGUGAUGCAGUGGAAGUCCGAAAAUACGUGGAUACGGUGAGUGACCAGAUUCGUUACCUUAAGACUGCCGUCGAGCACACGAUUGAGCUGAACAAGGACAAGGUGGUAACGGAAACAUCUGGGGUAUCAUCCGGAGACGCAAAGGAUGCCAAGGAAGAAAUUGCCGAUCUGCAUGAGCAGAUCAUCAAGCUACGAAGCUUACUAUCGACGAAACGCGAACAGAUUGCCACUCUGCGUACGGUGCUGAAAUCGAAUAAGAACACGGCGGAGGUAGCUUUGACCAACCUGAAGUCUAAAUACGAAAACGAGAAACUUGUUGUGAGCGAUACGAUGUCAAAGUUGCGGAACGAACUGCGCAUACUGAAGGAAGAUGCAGCCACAUUCUCCAGUCUUCGUGCAAUGUUUGCUGCCCGCUGCGAAGAAUAUGUAACGCAAGUAGAUGAACUAACUCAUCAGUUAUCGGCCGCCGAAGAGGAAAAGAAAACCUUGAACCAAUUGCUGCGAUUGGCAGUACAGCAGAAACUGGGUUUAACCCAGAAGCUCGAGGAACUUGAGAUGGACCGGGAGAUGCGCCAUGUAAGAAGACCAGCUGUUUCGCAGCGUGGAGGAGGAGGUGGCGGUGGUGGCGGAAAAUCCGCAUUUUCUCGUGGACAGCCUGCAAGAAAUAGUUUGCAGAAUCCGAAUAGCAACAGUAACAAUUCAAACCAAGCUUUCUUCUAACAUAAGGUGAGCGUGCAGCGCAAAAUUUUGGCCUUCCUUUACACGCUUCUAAAACUCUAGAUGCGUAUGAGUUUUAAAUGUACUGAUAAUAGGUUACUGAGAUACAUCGUCAUGUAUUUUGGUCAAUAGAUAUGCAUUAUUAGCUCUUGUCAAGCAACAAUCGUUCGAGCCUUGCAUCUGUUAAUUGGUAUCCGGGUUUGUUAUCGAUCUUAUUUCUUUCGCGCAAAACUGUACUGUAAGUAUAGUGCUACAGACGACCAGGAAAUCUGCGAUUAAAUAUUCAUAUCGCAUAAAUCACAAGACAAACGCAUGAAUUCGUGGAAUAUCUGGUAAAUCAUUCUACCAAUUAUGAUUCGGGACAAACGCAAUCCCAAGCAACUCGAUUUAAAAUGGAGUGUUUUUUUUAAAAUAAAUGCAUUAAAUGUAUAUCCAUCCACGAGUGAACGAGGUAGGUUAGAUUGCGAUAUACUACUCGUAGAUAAGAAAACGUACUGAGAAGCAUAAAUGGCGUCCGAUAAAACACAUAUUUACGUGUUUUAAAUGUCUAUAUUUAUUUAAAUCAAUUGACUCUAAUGGCAGCAUAUGUUUUCCUAAACUUGUUUUCCUAAAAAAAAAAGAGCAUGCAAAGGGAACGGAGAAACAUGUAAACGCCAAAAACCAGUUUUCUGAAAAACUGGGACUCAUUACAGAGCUAAUCAAAUCCCAACUGUUAGAUGAAUAAAAGCUAAUAUAACUGGAUAGCGUAUAUACGCAAGUAAAAUGUAUAAUAAAGAUAGUUUUUCGCAUAACAAGCAAGUCCUUAUACAGGAGAACAACAUAAUGUUUGCAAUGGACAGGAUUCAGGCAAAUGCAAUUGUGUAGUAAGUGAGCGAAUCUUGGUCGAAGAAGAUAUGAAAUAUUUGGACCAAUCUAAUUCACAACACAGUCACAUCUAAUUCACAUCCUGACUUAUUAUCUUUCGCUAACUCGUAGUGCUAAAAUAGAUCCAAUAUUAGAUGUCACAGAUUUUUUUUUUCAAUAGAACCUUAUUAGUCGUUUGCGGAUCGGGUACUCCUUCAUCUGUUGCUGUUGAACUCCAUUUCAGUACCAUUUUGGUCUUCCUUUAGUUAUUAGGAAGGUAUUACUAUGGUAACGAAAUCGAUAGCAAUUUCAUUACAGCAUACGACCUGUCCUAGGUAACUCAAAUGACACACAAGUAAUACUUAUCUGUCCAAACGUAGUCUAAUAAGGAUGAAUGUAAGUUGUGAUGUUAUUUCGGUUAUCACUACAUAAUUCCCAAAACAUUUAACGUAAAUCAGAGCAAAUAAAGGAAUAACAUUAUUUCAGAAAGGGAUAAGUGAAGAAUUUUAUGUCCUGUGAGUUGAGUAGAUUCGAAAAAUGAGGACGAUUGCAAAAUUUAUUAUUUCCAUGAUACCAUUGUGUACUUGAGCCUAAUAAUGUCUUCUUAAAUUGCAAAAAUAUCUAUUCGUCCAAAAAUUUUAAGACAACACUUUUAUAGACACGAAUUCGUUUGUCAUUUGUUAAAAAAUGAAAAUAAAUUAAAUUACACAAGUUACAAAAGCAAAUCUACAAGCUACAAGCUACAGAGUUACGAAAGUUUGUAGAACGAAGUAGCAAUACCGAUUGUGGAACGUAGACACGUCUUAUAGAACUCUAGUGCAUUGCAAGGUAGAGCACCCAAAAAAUGAUGAAUUAUAAAAAAGACUACCGAGCCAUAUAUUUAUUAUAAUAAAUGGGCCGAAACUUAAGCAACAUGUAAAACAGGAACACAGGAGAAUGUUAUUAUAUUAAAAAUAAUAGAAAUGCAAAUUUAGAAAAACCACCAGUCCAUGCAGGAAACGAACAGUUCAAGAAUCAUUGAAAAGAAAUUUGAACAAGAAGGGUCUUGUAAAGCAGUACAUACUUAUUGGGUAUUAGCUGCAUUGUUAUGGAAGACAAAAUAUGUAAUAACAAUGAACAAAUAUGAAUCCAUUAUCACCGUCCCUUUUUGGAAACAAUGAGAUUUAUGCGAUCGAUAUUAUAAUAUACGAAACAGAAUAAUGAUCGUAAAAUUGGUUUAGUAUGAAAAAAAUAAAAUUGAAGAGAAAAAUCUAGGUUGGUCCAUCUUAACUGCUUCUAAAUUGAAACAAAUGAAAAGUAGAUAUAAUAUAA